ACCGUUAAAAGCCAACAAAGACAAACGUACGAAGAGGAAGAAUGGAAGAUCGAGGAAGAAAUCAAAAGAUCAUGAAAUUGACAAGAAAUCUGAAAAAGAUUCAGAAAAUAAUGAAAGAGAAAAGAAUUUUGAAAAACAGAUUCACUCACCUCUCUCAGAUGGCGAUAGUUCAAGUCAAACAGCUGAUCCAGUGUAUUCAAUACCCCCAGCUGUACAGGAUUUCUUGGGUCUUAUUGCUUGUGAAUCCGAGACUGUGGAAAAAGGAAACUAUGAAAAAAUAAAGGAAACAUGAUAAAAUAAAAAUUAGAAAAAUUGUAUUUUUGAAAAAACAUUUCUAACGCCGCUGUUAAGAAUUUUCAACCAUUAAAAGUUAAAUUGUUGGAUAUUGUUUCGAAGUUAGUUGGUAUUUGUUGUUUAUCUGUUUGAAAGGAAGAAGAUUUGCGCGGAAAUAUUCGGAAAGGAACCGGAAAGGAAUCUGGAGGAAGAGGAAAUAGUGAAAGGAAACGAAAAUUGUCUGUCUGCAACAUUAAGCAAGGUUUAAAUCUUGAACCAGUGCCAGAAGAGGAAGAUGAAGGAGGUAAGGAGGAGGAGAAGGAGGAAGAUUGGCAGGGAGUUCAACUUGAGUGGACCGGCGUAUUAAGACGACCUUCUAUACCAGCCACUCAAUACACAAGAGUUAUUCAGGAAACCAGGUUUACAGAACUUGAGAUUAUGGAAUUAUGGAAUAUAUUUACAUUAGAGUUCCCAACUGGAAGGAUUAAUAGAAUACAGAUGGUUCAACUUAUAAAAAAAGUGUUUCCCAGAUGCCGUCCGGAGACUGUGAUUGACAAUUUUUUCAAAAUCUUUGACCCUUGUCGAACAGGAUUCAUUAGGUUUACAGAUCUCCUAAUAGUCUUCUCUAUGUCUAUGAGAGGAUCAGCGGAAGAAAAACUACACUGGGCAUUCCGACUUUAUGAUCAGGAUCGGAGUGGGGAUAUUGAUGAAGAAGAAAUGGUGGAUAUGUUUACAAAACUUUGCAGGAUAGUAGAGAAAGAACAAUUAGAUGAGGAAGAGGAGAGAAUUAAAAAUCAGGCACAGGAAGCUGAGAGGAUACUGACGGAAGCAAGUUUAUCUAAGAAAACAAAAAAAGUGAAUUUGCUCAGUGAAAAACACCGACAAAGAGAAAAAUUUCGAAGGUGUGUAUUAUAA